GUCCUACUGUGCUUUCUCUGGACUCAACUUGCAAGUUACCGUUGCUGUCCUUCGUUCAUUGUUCUGGCUCUUGAAUAGCUACAAGGGUCCGCCAGCCUCACCGCCCACAGAAGAUCUGGCAAGCCUUAUCGGAAGCGAGCUGAUUGGUGAAUCAUUCAAAUCACAGCUCUCCAGAAAAUUUCCACCCCGCGAUAUAUCUUCACACCAUCAAAGAGAGCUUUGUCUGGUCUUCAAUCGCAAGCAAAGGCCUUUGUACGACUCAAUUGGACCUUCCCGGCCUUGUAGGACUUCUUUCGCGUGUGCUCGAUCCUUCCCCUGUCCUGCUGUCCCCUUGCCACCUGAAGGAGCUCCGAAGCUCUCGCCUGCGUGCUGUGGCCACUUGAUAUGGCUCUCUGCGGGCGUCUCGCACGUCGCGCACCAGCUUUCACGCGACAAUGUCGUUUGUCAACUCCCUCGGUCUCAGCUAGGACCUUUACUUCUCGAACUUCGACACGCUUUCUACCUGUUCGAACCAACCAUGAGUCACCUAUGCCCUACCGACAGCUACGAGCCUUCUCCAAGCUCUCGGCGACCUGGGACCAGAGCCAAACCGCGCCUAAUGCUCAGGCAUACAUCAAUAGCGGUGUAAUUGCUGGAGCUCAGAAUUUGGUAGAUGUGAAGAAGGUCUUGGUCAUUGGCUCUGGUGGUCUGAGCAUUGGUCAGGCUGGAGAGUUCGACUACUCUGGGUCGCAAGCUCUGAAAGCUCUGAAGGAGGCUGGUGUUCGUUCAGUUCUCAUCAAUCCAAAUAUCGCAACCAUUCAGACGUCGCACGUGCUCGCCGACGAAAUCUACUACCUCCCUGUUACUCCUGAAUACGUCGAAUAUGUGAUCCAGAAAGAGAAGCCCGAUGGCAUCUUCCUCAGUUUCGGUGGUCAAACUGCGUUGAACUUGGGCGUGAACAUGAACAAGAAGGGCAUCUUUGAGAAGUAUGGCGUCAAGGUUCUUGGAACGAGCAUUAAAACUUUAGAGACCAGCGAGGAUCGUGAUCUGUUCGCACGAGCGCUCGACGAGAUCGACAUUCCAAUCGCCAAGUCUAUUGCGGUUUCCUCUAUCGAUGAAGCUCUGGAUGCCGCCGAGAAAGUUGGAUAUCCUAUUAUCGUCCGUGCUGCGUACGCCUUGGGUGGGUUAGGAUCGGGUUUCGCAAACAAUGCGGAAGAGCUCAGGAAUCUCUCUGCCAGAUCUCUCACCCUGUCCCCACAGAUCCUUGUCGAGAAGUCGCUGAAAGGCUGGAAGGAGGCAGAGUACGAGGUUGUGCGCGAUGCAAGCGACAAUUGUAUCACGGUUUGCAACAUGGAGAACUUUGAUCCCCUCGGAGUACAUACCGGCGAUAGUAUUGUGGUAUCUCCAAGUCAAACAUUUAGCGAUGAGGAAUACCACAUGCUCCGUUCUGCCUCCAUCAAGAUUGUUCGCCACUUGGGUGUUGUCGGAGAGUGCAACGUUCAAUACGCGCUUCAACCCGAUGGAUUAGAUUACAGGGUCAUUGAAGUCAAUGCUCGUUUGUCUCGGUCCUCUGCUUUGGCCUCGAAAGCCACCGGAUACCCACUGGCAUACACUGCCGCAAAGAUCGGCCUCGGACACACCUUACCGGAACUGCCAAAUGCUGUCACCAAGACUACAACUGCCAAUUUCGAGCCAAGCUUAGACUACAUUGUCACCAAAAUGCCUCGAUGGGAUCUGGCCAAAUUCCAGAAUGUCAAGAGAGACAUUGGCAGCUCUAUGAAGUCUGUCGGCGAGGUUAUGGCCAUUGGACGCACCUUCGAAGAAUCUUUCCAGAAGGCUUGCCGACAAGUUGACCCUAAGUUCUUAGGUUUCCAAGGAGCUGAAUUCGAAGACCUUGACGAGGUUCUCCAAAAUCCUACGGAUCGCCGGUGGCUCGCUGUUGGCCAAGCUAUGUUCCACGAGGGCUACUCAGUUGAUAAAGUACAUCAUCUGACUAAAAUCGACAAGUGGUUUCUAUACAAGCUUCAAAACAUUGUUGACUGCACACACGAGCUUCAGGAUAUUGGCAGCCUCUUUGGCCUCAAGAAAGAAAUGAUAUUGAAGGCAAAGAAGCUAGGUUUCUCUGAUAAGCAGAUUGCGAAAGCGGUCAACAGCACCGAAGACGAAGUCCGGGCACGCAGAAAGGGCUUCGGAAUCAGGCCGUGGGUCAAAAAGAUUGAUACUCUUGCGGCAGAGUUCCCCGCUGACACCAACUACCUGUACACGACUUAUAACGCCUCCUCCCACGAUGUCACCUUCGAUGACCAUGGUACUAUUGUUCUUGGAAGUGGCGUAUACCGCAUCGGAAGCUCUGUGGAGUUUGAUUGGUGUGCUGUCAAUGCUACGCUGUCUCUUGGUAAGCUUGGAAAGAAGACUGUCAUGAUCAACUACAAUCCAGAAACAUACUCCACCGAUUUCGACGUCGCCGAUAAGCUUUACUUUGAGGAGUUGAGCUAUGAGCGAGUCAUGGAUAUAUACGAAUUGGAAUCAGCUAGCGGAGUUGUGGUGUCAGUCGGAGGCCAACUUCCUCAGAACAUUGCCCUCAAACUACAAGAAUCUGGCAAGGCCAAGGUGCUCGGAACCGAUCCCCAUGACAUCGACAAGGCAGAGGAUCGCCACAAGUUUUCUCAGAUUCUUGACUCCAUCGGCGUCGAUCAGCCUGCCUGGAAGGAACUUACCUCCUUUGAGGAUGCGCAGAAGUUUGCAAAAUCUGUUGGAUAUCCUGUCCUUGUUCGGCCUUCGUACGUUCUCUCCGGCGCUGCCAUGACCGUUAUUCGAAGCGAAGACGAACUCAAGGAGAAGCUUCUUGCCGCGGCGGACGUUUCCCCCGACCAUCCGGUAGUCAUCACCCAAUACAUUGACGGAGCACAGGAGAUCGACUGCGAUGCGGUCGCUGAAAACGGUAACCUUCUAGUCCACGCUAUUAGCGAGCAUGUCGAAAAUGCUGGCGUACACUCUGGGGAUGCCACGCUCGUCCUGCCACCAGUGAACCUCAACGACAGCAUCAAGGAGAGAGUCAAGGAGAUCGCCCAGAAGGUCGCAAAGGCCUGGAGCAUCACCGGUCCCUUCAACAUGCAGAUCAUCAAAGAGAAGCAUCCCGAAGGCGGCGAGCCACUGUUGAAGGUCAUUGAAUGCAACCUUCGCGCGUCCCGCUCGUUCCCCUUCGUCAGCAAAGUUCUCGGUACAAACUUCAUCGACGUUGCGACCAAGGCUCUCGUCGGUCGCGAAGUCCCUGAGCCAGUGGAUCUGAUGGCAGUCGAGAGGAACUACCUGGCAACUAAAGUCCCACAAUUUUCAUGGACCAGGUUAGCAGGCGCCGACCCAUACCUUGGUGUCGAAAUGGCAUCUACGGGCGAAAUGGCUUGCUUUGGGAAAGAUCUCGUCGAAGCCUACUGGGCCUCGAUGCAAUCGACGAUGAACUUCCGCCUUCCACAACCGGGCGAAGGCCUCCUCUUCGGCGGUGACACAUCAUCAGACGCACUCGUUCAAAUAGCUAACUAUGUGCAUCCUCUCGGCUACAAGUUCUUCGCUGCCAACAAGGCCGUCAAACAACUUCUAGAAUCCAAAGCCGAGGGCGUCAGUGUUGAAGUCAUCGAGUUCCCCAAGGAAGACAAGCGCGCUCUCCGCGAAGUGUUCCAGAAAUACGACAUCCGCGGUGUGUUCAAUUUGGCUAAGUUCAGGGCUGCUAGCUUGAUCGAUGAGGAUUACGUUAUGAGGAGGAAUGCCGUCGACUUUGGUGUUCCACUCUUUAUGGAGCCAAAGACUGCGGUGCUCUUCGCACAAUGCAUGAGCGAGAAACUGCCGAGGAAGGAUGGUAUCCCGAGUGAAGUCAGGCCGUGGAGUGACUUCAUUGGUGGCCGGCCGUUGUAGACCGCCGAUCUUUCUCUCCGACACGAGGGAACCUAAAUCUACGAUGCCAUAGAUGCGGUAGAACAACAACGAAGAGCAGAAAGGUUGCAUGGCAGAGAUAAACGAAGAGGUAGACCGAGUCGGAUGUCUAGUCCAGAUCCAGGUUCUUGUACAUAUGGUAGUUUGUUUCUGACGAUCGGAUCAGAUCCAGAUCAGCGCCGAUUUAGUGCUUUCCUUGCUUUUCUUGGUGGUGUUUAGGGGCGGGGAACUAAAAGUUUUUGAGGGUGCGUGUGGGACUUGUAUGCACAUAUGUAUGUACUAAGUGGCU